AUGGCCAAACAACUAGCUACAUGUGAUGAUGAUGAUGAAGAAAUAAGUGAUAAUGAUACUUUUGAUUAUGAUCAUGAGUUCUUCGAUCAUGAUCCUUUUUUUGAUGAACGUAAAAAUGGAAUUAUUGGUAUUGAAUCAUUUACUGAAUGUGAAUAUGAAGUCAAACUAUUGCUCAAUGGUGAUACAUUAACACGUACUCAAGAAAGAUCAACUUAUGAAACAUUAUUACGUGAAUUGAUCAUUUUUAAGGAAGAAUUUGAUGAUAAUGAACAAGCUUUACUAAGUCUUUGA